CACAAACACUACGUCGGACGACCUCUGAGCAGCGAUCUACAUAUGAUUUCUUACCCAGAGUUUCGUUCGGUAAUGAAAUGUAGAUCAACGAAUUCGCGCAUUUCCGGCUGAACUCGUUCACAUGCGCCGAAUUACUGCAUCUAGCGGGAAGUUACAGUGAUAAUGUGGAGAGAUAAUGUGGUUUUCUGUGAUGUAAAUAAUGCUGUUAAUUGAUAUAGUCUCCAGUAAACGGUGUAACUAGCUAAUUAAGCGAGGUAUGAUCUGAAUGCUAAAAUGGGAAAACUGUGUUCAAACUGUGGCGGUUGUUUAGCUAACUAACAUUCAAACACUUCAUGUGAAAGUCAACUAUUUCAGCGUGUAAUGAUUAAUCCUGCCUGGAAGUCUACUAGGAAGUGUUAGUGAUUCAGUAGCUGCCUCAGGGACAAUGACAGAAGCUUGCUCGGAGCCAGCCAGAGCCAUCAGGGCCAUUGAUAAACACUCGGUGCAUCAGAUCUGCUCUGGGCAAGUGGUGUUGACUUUGGCCACAGCUGUGAAAGAGCUGGUAGAGAACAGCAUUGAUGCGGGUGCUACACAAGUUGACAUCAGGCUCAAAGAGAACGGGACAGAGCUUGUGGAAGUCUCUGACAACGGAAAGGGUGUGGAGGAGGAGAACUUUGAAGGCCUAACUUUAAAGCACCAUACAUCGAAACUGCGAGAUUUCUCCGACUUAAUUCACGUUGAGACAUUUGGCUUCCGUGGUGAAGCCCUGAGCUCACUGUGUGCCCUCAGUGAUCUCAGCGUGGUGACCUGUCAUGAAAGUAGCCAUGUGGGCACUCGGCUCGUCUUUGACCACAAUGGCCGUCUUGUCCAGCGAGCUCCCCAUCCCCGGCAGCAGGGGACCACCGUCAGCCUUCAGCAGCUCUUCUCCACCCUGCCGGUUCGCCACAAAGAGUUUCAGCGCAACAUCAAAAAGGAGUUUUCUAAGAUGGUCCACGUCCUGCAGUCGUACUGCAUCAUCUCCACUGGUGUGCGCAUCACAUGCACUAAUCAGCUUGGCCAAGGCAAGCGUAACACAGUAGUGUGCACCAGCGGGAGCCACAGCAUGAGGGACAACAUCGGAGCGCUGUUUGGGCCAAAACAGCUCCAGAGUCUACUUCCUUUUCAGCAAAUAUCUCCCAGUGAGAAUGUUAAAGAGGAUUAUGGAUUAACUGGGGAAGAACUUCCUACAGAUCUUUUCACGAUCUCUGGUUAUGUAUCACAAGCCGAUCAUGGUGUGGGACGAAGUGCAACUGACCGGCAGUUCUUCUUUGUUAACAAAAGACCCUGUGAUCCAUCCAAGGUUUCCAAGCUUGUAAACGAAGUCUACCACAUGUUCAACCGUCAUCAGUACCCGUUUGUUGCUCUAAACAUUUCUGUUGCUUCAGAAUGCGUCGACGUCAAUGUUACACCCGAUAAGCGUCAGAUAUUUCUGCAGGAGGAGAAGCUGUUGCUUGCUAUCCUGAAGAGCUCUCUCAUUGCCAUGUAUGAGAGUGGAGUCAAUAAAAUCAGUCUCAAUCACACACCACAAAUCACAAGCAUUUUUUCCAGAUGUAGUGAUUCUGCUAAUAGUUCAGAAGGUCCUCGAAAAGCUUCGCUGACUGGAUUGACUUCAGAAGAUGAUUCAGAGACUUUGACACAGACCCCAAAGACAUCUUUUAACUUAGCUGGACUAAAGGCAGCAUUUUCAAAACAGCAGGUUUCUGGUAUUGGGACAAAGACCUCUAACAGUAAAACUGUGGAUAAUGGUCCAACUAAAAAAAAGAUGCAUUCUUUUUUCCAUUGCUCAGAAAAGACUAACUAUAGCAGAUCUUCAGAUACUGCUUCAGAAAAAGCAGCUUCACCACUGAAGGCUUUGAAAUCUGGCCUAACCAAGGAUGAGCACAAGGAUGAGCACGUGGAGGCUGAUUCAGGUUUGUCAGAGCAAGGCUCCAUCACAGAAACCCCGGAGACUCUGUGUGGAAGCAGUUCUGAAUUCGACUCUCCAGAUUCAGUUUUAGAGGAACCUAGCAUUAAACCAGAGCCUCACAGUGAGUCUGUAGAUGAGGUGCAUGAUGUUUUAGAAACUUCAGAGCAAGAAACGGUGUCUGAUAUUAAUUCUGAAAGGAUUUCUAGUCCCAAGGCAAAGAAAUGUAGGUGGGAUGUGAACCUAUCAGAACAGCCCGAACUGCCAUCCUCCAGCACGAGCGGUGAUUCCUGUGGACUGUAUGACAAACCGGUCAGAGUGCAGAAGAAAACAGUGCCUUUGCAGUUUUCAAUGACAGAGCUGGUUAGAAGGAUGGAGAGACUAAAGACCCAGCAAAGAGGGCAGAAUGAUCAGGAGCCAAAAUAUAGACGCUUCAGGGCAAAGAUUAAACCUGGUGAAAACCAGAGUGCCGAGGAUGAGUUGAAGAAAGAAAUAAGCAAGGACAUGUUUAAGGAGAUGGAGAUCAUCGGUCAGUUCAACUUGGGUUUUAUCAUUAUCAAGUUAAACUCAGAUCUUUUUAUUAUCGACCAGCACGCCACAGACGAAAAGUACAACUUUGAGAUGCUCCAAAAGGAUACUGUCCUAAAAGGACAGAGACUUAUAGUUCCACAGAAUCUCCACCUCCCUGCUGUAAGUGAAACUAUACUGAUUGAAAAUCUCGAAAUCUUCAAGAAAAAUGGCUUUGACUUCCUCAUUGACGAGAAUGCACCAGUAAUGGAGAGAGUGAAGCUGAUAUCUGUACCCACAAGUAAGAACUGGACCUUUGGCCCAAGUGACAUUGAGGAGCUCAUCUUCAUGCUUAGUGACAGUCCUGGGGUCAUGUGCAGGCCUUCUCGAGUCAGGCAGAUGUUUGCAUCGAGAGCAUGCCGCAAAUCAGUCAUGAUAGGGACUGCACUGAAUACCAGUGAAAUGAAGAAGCUUGUGGUCCACAUGGGGGAAAUUGAGCAGCCUUGGAACUGUCCUCACGGCAGGCCGACCAUGAGGCACCUGGUGAACCUUGAUGUCCUCUCUCAGGACUGAUGCAUGAUCGAUCAUUUGAUUUCUGUAUUCAGGAGCAGCUCUUUUUCCUUCAAGCUGGAGCAGAUCUUUAUAUAUGGUUUCCUGUACAGACUGAAACACAUACUCUGUUGCCGUUUUAAUCUUUGUUAUUGCUCUGUGUUUUGUGUGUGUGUGUGUGUAUGCAUUUCAGUUAACUUUAUCAUCAUUCAACUUAUUACGAGUUGUUUUUAUAUUCUGUGAAUUCCUUUUAUCUGUG